AUGGCUCAAGUCCUUGUUGUCUACCCUUCGGGUCCUUCGUUUGACAUGGACUACUACCUAAAGACACACAUGCCUCUCGUCGCAUCCAAGUGGGGUCCUUUGGGUCUCAAGAACUACAAGAUCCUGAACUUCCAGGAGGGUGCCCCCUACCAAGUUCAAGCCACUCUCGAGUGGGAGAGCGUCGAGGUCUUUGACAAGGCUGCCGCAAACGAGGUUGCCAAGGAGAUCUUUGGGGACAUCAAGAACUUCUACAACGGAGAGCCAAUGCUACUCAAGGGCCCUGUUGUUGCUCACGAAAGCGUUUCAUCUUCGUAA